CGGUUUUGAAGUUUUCAAAGACUUGCUCUGCUGAUAAGGACUUGUGCUCAAAGCUGAGGAGUUAAGCCGCUUACCAAAAUGUGCAAAGGACUUGCAGCUUUGCCCCACUCAUGCCUGGAAAGGGCCAAGGAGAUUAAGAUCAAGUUGGGAAUUCUCCUCCAGAAGCCGGAGUCUGCUGUUGACCUUGUCAUUCCAUACAAUGAGAAGCCGGAGAAACCAGCCAAGACCCAGAAACCCUCACUGGAUGAGGCCCUGCAGUGGCGUGAUUCCCUGGACAAGCUCCUGCAGAACAACUAUGGACUUGCCAGCUUCAAAAGUUUCCUGAAGUCUGAAUUCAGUGAGGAAAACCUUGAGUUCUGGAUGGCCUGUGAGGAUUACAAGAAGAUCAAGUCCUCUGUCAAGAUGGCUGAGAAGGCAAAGAAAAUUUAUGAAGAAUUCAUCCAAGUGGAGGCUCCUAAAGAGGUGAAUAUUGAUCACUUCACGAAGGACAUCACAAUGAAGAACCUGGUGGAACCUUCCCCAAGCAGCUUUGAUGUGGCCCAGAAAAGAAUCCAUGCCCUGAUGGAAAAGGAUUCACUGCCUCGCUUUGUGCGCUCUGAGUUUUAUCAGGAGUUCAUCAAGUAGCAAUUUAGUCGGGCUGUGAGAAUCAUCCUGAGAGUUACUUCCUCCAUAAUAAUCUUGCACUUUCCAGCAACCCACAUAUCUUCCCAUAGCAGCUUGCUCAAAGACUCUCAAACAGAAAACUACAGUUCCUUACUCUUUUGCCCACAUUGUUUUAGAUGUUUAUCUAUUGCCCCAAUGCCUUCCUUUUCCAGUUUCCUCUUCCUGCCCCCAUUCUUAAUUAACCUCUACACUUGUAUGUUGUUGUGAAACUCAAUCAGAACAACAGAAAAAAAAUCUAUCAAAGGAAAUAUAAGACAGGAAUAUGAUAUCAUGAAAGGCAGGUCCGUUUGGGUUAGGUAAUGGAUCUUCACUUAAAUCGGUAUGAAAAAGAAUGUGGAUGUGGAAAGACCGAUUUCAACAGAGACUAACUGAUCAAAUUUUUUUUUUAAAUUCUGAUCCAGGAAGGAGUCAGCCCCUCAUUAUUUUUGAACUUGGUUAGUAAAAGAUGGUAAGAAUUUUAUGCGGCAGCCACUAUUUGAUUUUUUAAGCAAAUACAUUGUUUAAAAUAUUGAUCUUCCUCUGAGAGCAUCUUUGUGUUACCUGGAGAUUAUAUACAAGAGAUACAGCCUUGAAUAUGUUGUGUUUAUAUAAAGUCGAUCUGGACACAAUCCAUAUGGCUUGUUUCCCUGUAUGUCCCGCAUACCCUCCCAUGCAUAAAAUUACCAAAUUCUGUAUUGAGUCAAUGACCUGAGAUUGACAAUGGACUACUUUAUAAAUGUAUCCAUGCCUCUGGUAUGUAGGCCCAAAGUUUUAAUUUUCAAAUUAUUUAAAAUUUGUGUGUGUGUAAAAUUCAAAAAUUUCUGACUCUAAUCAUAAAAUAAAACAGUCGCUACUCACUGCAGUGGUCUCCCACCUCAACAUGAAGAGAGCUGUACAAUAAGAUGGGAAAAUCUUGUCGAGCCUAAAAUGGCUAGCUGUCCUAUGAUGCCAUCAGUUGGUUUAGUAAAUGAUGAUUAUCUUCAAAACACCAAAUUAUUUUCAGAAAACUUAAUUUGACUAAACACAGAGACUUUCUAAGUGAGAGUUUUAAAGUACCCUGCAUUUUGCGAAAUAAUCUGAUCUUUUAGCAACCCCUCACUUCCCUCCCUGUUUUGCUCUCUGCAUUAGUGAAUUGCAUUGUUAGUCAAAAUGCACGUUUAUACCCCUAACAGGCCUUACACACAGCCAAGGGAUAGGCCAAGGUAUUUUUUUCAGUGGGUUUAAACUUUUAAUUCUGUACUUCAUUAUUAUGUCUUGCUAGAAUUUUUUUCUUAUCUUUAGUAGAUUUGAUUAAGCAAUGAUUUACAUAAUCUAGUAAUAAAGAGAAUCAAACUAUGUAUGAGUAUAACCAAGCUGAGGGUACUGACAGCUAGAACAGUAAUUCUUAAAGGAAUAAUAAAGAUAUGAAAUGUUUAAGUAGAAGAUUACAUUGUUUAGUCUUGUAUUUCCUUCUUUUGCUUCUUUUUUUCUUUCACACACUUCUAGUUUCACGUUUGUAGCCCAUUUAUUCAGUUAUUUCGUAAUAACACUGAAAGUGAAGCAGCUAUAUGACUAUUCGUUGAGUAAACACUGACUGUAUUUGUAGUGUUUUCCUUUUUUUUUUUUUUUUUUUCUGUUAUUUCAAAGGCUAAUGUGCCCUUCCGGAAUACUUGCCAUUUCAAACUCUGAAAAUGGGUUGGAGUAACUGGGUCUACUGCCAGCUGUUGCUAGUCUGGUAUGAGUUCAUUCAUAUCUAUCAAUAUCACUCACUUCAAGGAAUCUCUGUCAUCAAGCAGUCGACAGCUAGGACAGAUCAACAUUGCGAGCAUGAGAGAGAAGUUCUCACCAUGUCUAUUUGUGUAGGAGUGACAAGCAACUCACAGCAAGAAUUCCCAGCACAACCUUCCUCAGCAUCUGUCUAUGCUGCCCCAAAUCAGUAUAAAAUCACCGAUUCUUUACUUGCAAAUUCAGCUAGAAAAUUUAAGAACCGAAGAAUGUAGGUGAGUUAUUUUCUCUUGAAUGCCAAAACAUUUUUAAGAAAAAUUUUGAUGUCAUUAAAAUUAAUAUUAUUUGAAAUAACCGAAUGUUUGAAAAUACCUAGAGAAUUAACAAAAGAUUACAGAGUUCACCAAGAUGGUUGAUGUUACAGAGACUCGGACUGACUGUAUUCCCAAAUUGUUUGCACAUCCUAUGUAAGUGGGUAGACUUGUCAGUGGAGGAUAAGAAGGGACUUCACCUUUUAUAAGAUGAACCCAGGAGGCAGAGGGCAGGAAAAGCACCAGAGGGCAGUGCUGUGAAGGCUACAAGGAGCAUGAAUGCCUUACAUGUCAACUGGUGACAUGUAACAUAUACGUAAAUAUGAUUUUAAAUUUAAAGCAGUACACACACACUAGACACUCUUCUAAGUAAUAAGAUGAAAGUGAAUACAAAUAUCACAGCCCAAAAUGAAAAGGCAAACAUAUAAAAAUUGCCCCAGAAAUUUCUUUGAAAUCUUUUUUUUCUUUAAGAACUUUUAUUGAGAUACAAUUGACAUACAAUAAACUGCAUAUAUUUAAAGUGUAAAAUUUGAUAUAUUUUCUUAUUAGUAAUGUAUAUAUGGCAAUCAAUCUCCCAAUUCAUCCCCCCCAACCCCCCUGAAAUCUUUUGCAAGUGUUUUUAAACUUAGAAGAAAAAAAAAAAAAAAAACCUGAGCUACUAAAAGUUUCCAUGGUAACACACAAAAAAUAACAUUCCUUUAAAUUUUGGGAAAUUAGGAAAACUGGGAUGAUCUUUCUGGAAAAACAAAUGCGUAAUGUCUGUUUAUCACUCCCGUUCCCUCCUCCUCUUCCUCAUUACUCUCCUUUGAGUAAGUUUCCUAGGAAAGUAUGAAACUCAAUACAGGAGCCCUGUGUUUUCCUGCCUUGUGAAAAUGCAGCACAGCCGUAAGUGAUCUGGGAUGUAGAAAGGUGGUCAAUGGGAACAGGAGUAUAUGCUUCUCAUCCUUGAGGGAAACCUAAGAUUAGGUAGGUCAGGGAACCACCAUAACCUGUUUUUCUGCCUGGGUUUGAUAUAGUUUGAGGUAGGUGGCAGAUUAGGAUCUAAACUUGACCAGAACAAAGAGAUAGACUAUGGACUUUAGAGUAAAUUAGGAGGCUGUGUUCCAUGUUUAUCUGCUUGUUCAUGUGAACAGCCCCCUACACACACACACACACACACACACACACAAACACACUUUCUUUCUCUCAGAUAGCCACCUUCUGAAAUGCAGAACUGAGAUGUUUCAGUAACUUUGCUUUCAAAUCUAUAGAAUCAAAUUUAUGAAAACAUUUUGUGCUCUGCUCACCAUACCACCCGGGUACUCAUUCUCUACCAUAUAAAUUAUGUUUUAAGCAGAUUUCAGUUUUUAGUGCAUAAAGAGAAGAACUUGUUAAAGAAAUUGUUUUUACUUUUAUCCUCUACAAAGCCGUGGAUUUUGCUUGGUUGAUGUGUUGUCUGUAUACACUCCCUUUCAAUAGGGUGGAAUUGUUAUUAUUUCCCAAAAAUAAUAGACUUCGAGAAGUUUCAAUAAAAACUUGACCAUUAGUAAAUCAAUUGGUAAACUAAUAACCAUUCUCUGCCAGGGCUUUGUCAAGCUAUCUGUCCCAAUACAAAUUUGAUAAUUUGAGAAUCAUUUCAAAGGUUAUUAUAUUUCAGGGAAAUGAUUUUUACCCCUGAAAUCAUUCCUUCUAGCAGGCCAUUUUCCCUGUCUCCCGGUAAUUUAGCAAGUUUGGGAGAAAUAGGGUUAUGAUAAAAGAAAGGGGGGAAAGAGGGAUGAGAAGUGGUGAAGAAGUAAGUACGCAGACCUACAGAGUGAGUCCAUUCACUGGGAAGCAUUUAAGAGCGGCUCCACUUGAUUGAAAAUCAGUAGCUUUUUGCUGUCAUCACCAAGAUUUGCAAGGAGGCAUUUCUUGACUAACAAUGCAGCUAGAUGUCAAACUUCAUUUUAAAAUCCUAGGGAGUCUUGAUUAGAUAAAAGAAGGAACAUGGAGGAUUUCCUUUCCCCAGUGGGCUUGCAUGCGCCAGAGAGCAGAGCAUGGAGAACUGAGUUUCUAACAACCAAAUGUCCAAACCCAAGGGCCAGGCAACUCUCUGCAGGUUCUGGACACGACGUCUUGAUACAUCUCAGUGCAUGGGUUUUCCAUUCUCUCCAUUCUAUUAGAUAAGUGUGUAUUUAAUACUUCUUUGGACAGGCUCUUUAACAAUUCCGCAACUACUCCUUGUGUUAAACAUAUUUUCAUUCAAAUAGGUUAUAUGGCAGACCAGAGCAAUAGCUAUCCAAGGAAAGGCUUUCCCCAGCAUCCUGGAACUGAAAAGAUCAAGUCUUCCCACUGAGACAUUUAUAGCUUUGAAUAGAAAAUCAUAGCAGAGAGUAAAGGGAAAAAGACAACCAAACUGUGGAAUAUUAUCCUCACCCCACAGUUUACUAAGAAUCUUUUUAUCUUAUUUUUCUAAUAGAGAAGCUACAGAUCCAACAGUUAUGUCCAGUUUGAUAAGCCUCUUAUUUUUUCACCUGAGAGAAUUUUCCUUCCACACCUAUAACUCCAUUUCUCUUCUCCCCCUGCAUGAGGAUACAUUUUAAAUAGUUGAGUCUAACCACAAUUAUCUAAAAAUGGAUGCAAUUAAAAGCAUUUAACUUCCUAUCUAGGAAAAUGUGUAAACUAAGGCAUAGACAAAACAAUGGAAAAUGCUGAAAAUUUUUCCAACAGAGAGAAGCACUCUGGAUAAUUUUUGCCAAAAGUUCUUUUCAUGUCACAUGUUAUUUGAAUCCGGGGGGACUAAAUUUUUUAAGAAUGCUACAACUCACAACUCAUCUUUAGGAGACCAGCCCAGAGAAAAGGGUAGAAAUGAAAGGUUUGGAAAUCCAUUUGUCAGCAUUUACCCCAUAAGUUUUUCAUUUAGGAACAAUGUGUUUAUCUUCUAAUUUUGUAUUCAAUACGUUGUGUACUAUGUAACUCAUACUUCUUGAUAAAGCACCAAAUAUGUAUCUGUAACCACAAUCCCAUGUUAUAUUAAAUAUAUAUCUAUAUAACAAC